AGUGAAGAAGGAAAACCGUAAGAAAAAGCAAAACCGGCGAGUUACAGCAUCCGCUGCACAACAUUCUCGUGCGAGACGAAAACUGUGCCAAAAAAAGCAUCAUAAGGAUAUUUCACAAACAGUUCUACCUCACAGCAACAGCCUUUCUACGGUUUCCAGCUACGAAUCCUAACUGAAUUACUCUAAAACAACCCCCUAUCAACGACUCAUCGUGUUCGCUUAAGUCACCUGCAUCGGGCUGUGCAAACAAAAGCAUUCAUUUCCAAAUUAACAUUGCCUAAAUCUCAGCUGCAAGCAUUGUGUGACUAACAUACAUUUCCCAGCCGGCAUUUCACACCAUAUAAACCAUUCACUAUGCUCACACUAACCGUUCUGGUUGCGAGGGCAUUUUCAAGCCUCAACAGCAACAUGGUUAAGCAAGGCCCCCGCCCACUCGUUAUCUGUGGCCCAUCGGGCUCGGGUAAGAGUACGCUGCUGAAGAAGCUCUUUAAAGAAUUUCCCGAUACCUUCGGUUUCAGUGUCUCGCACACGACCCGUAAGCCUCGACCCGGGGAGGAAAACGGCAUUCACUAUCACUUCGUUUCCGUGGAGGAGAUGCAGGCCGCCAUCGAGAAUGGGGAGUUCAUCGAAACGGCCGUGUUCAGUGGCAAUAUGUACGGUACCAGCAAAAAGGCGGUUGAGAACGUUCAGCGCCAAGGCAAGGUGUGCGUGCUGGACAUUGAGAUCGAGGGUGUUAAGCAGAUUCGCGUCUCGGACCGAUUAAAUCCACUGCUCGUGUUUGUAAACCCACCGUCCAUCGAAGAGCUCGAGCGUCGGUUGCGUGGUCGUAAAACGGAAACCGAGGAAAGCUUGCAGAAGCGUCUCAAUACGGCUCGCAUUGAAAUUGAAUACGGUACAACCGCCGGAAACUUUGACGUGGUGGUACAAAACAACAAUCUCAAACAGGCGUACGAAAACUUGCGGGAUUUCAUCGUUCGCGAGCUGGAGACGCAGCAGAGCCAAGGUAUCAAUGUUAGUUUGAAUCGUGUGUGUGACGAGUGAAGUUGAACGUUAUCGUUAUCCGACCCCUGCAAGUUUUCCUCCGCGCUCCUAACUUAAUCAGAACUCAAUGGAAUGAUAACCGAAUCGACCUUCUCGAUUCUCCUUUUGUUUUGGGAGAUCGGGUAUCGAAUGGAGAAUAUUUUGUAAACUCUAUCUCCCACGUACCAUUUGUUAAUCGCAUACAAACCUCCGACAUAACGGUGACGAUCGGUGAUAUAGGACCCGUGCAACUAUUUACACUCCUGACCAGCAAAACGAAAUUUGCUAUCGUUACCGAUUUUUCUCUCUAACUCUCUAUCUACACCUUAGCCAAGGCACAGUCGUUUACAAUAUGAUAUCCUUCACUCAAAAGUACAACAGAAUCAACUACAAUCUAUUGUAGCUUAAAAUGGGCUAGUUCAAUUGGCUUAUUUAAAAAAUCAGUUAUUAUUUUUGAUAACUAUUAUAUUAACACUAGUUAAAGGCAUUUUUGCACGCCGUACUAUCUCAAAGAAUAGGCCAACGGAUACGUUCGUUAUCGACGCAACAAGAGAUGCCAAUGUUAGGAAGAUAGAAAUGGAUCGGAUGGCAAAAACUGCCACCAAUGGUCCUUCAGUGACAUUCCAAGUGAAAUAGCUCGGUAUUUGUAUUUGUUUUUUCUUUAAAACUAUCAAUUAAAAAAAGGGAUGGCGUUCUACGCAGUUGGCAAUUGAACGUCUGAAAAGGAUUUAGCAAUAGAAUGAAUCAUAUCCAAAACGAAAGAUCCCACUAGACACUACUUUCUGUCUUUUACCGUCAGGCAAAAUAUUAAGUUAAACUCAACAUUCCAUGAUGUGCAAGUGGAAAAAGUUUUCACUAUGAGAAAAAGGAACCUUUAUAAAACGAACGUUGAUGAGUGAUCGUUAGGAACCGAUUAGACACGUCAGUAACACGUUUUGUUUCUAACACGCAAGCAUUCUACUCCCAUUUGCGGUAAUAUCCUUUAAUGCUUCCUAUUGCAUGAUUGACAUGUAUUUACAUUCUUUAACCCCGCUCUCACUCAACGAGUUUUUUGCUGUUAUCCCGAACGAUGUGGUGGCCAUUUGUUUCUGUUUGUUUGCUCUGGUGAGUUUGUGACUAAUUCUGUUAAUGGAUAUUUUGAAAGCAUCGUUGGAAACGGAUCGAAUAAAAGGAACGAUCAGUCUAAUCUUUUUCAACACUACUUCUCUUCACUCACGCUGUCUCUGAAAACGCCUCAAAUAGAUGUGUUUUUCGUCACGUCACUGGUUAGCAAUUACAAGUCGUUUGAAGUCUAGAUCCGGAUAAUCGAUCGACGGAUGCGUCGAAGAGUGUGCUCUAGGAAAUCCGCAACAUAAGAUCCUUCCGAAGUCUCUUCUUCGACCCCAAAAUAGCGGCAAACCACAUGCACCUUGGCGUUGGUGCAUCGAUUUAUCUCCUUUGGUGGAAAUGAAGUAGAAGUUAAGAUUAGUUACUUUCCACGGUCAGCACGUCUCGUGAUGUACUAGUCCGUCGCAGCAAAGCUUAUGCAGCAUAUUAGUUUUUGGAAGCCCGUCCUGCUUUUUUCCUCAAAAGAAAAGGAAAUGUCGCAUUGCACCCACCACCACCACCACUCUUGCUGCCUGCUAGUUGUCUGCCAAGGUGCCCACAGAAUGGAUAAAGAGGGGCCCUAUUUUUCUACCCUGAGUGCGCAAUGCUUUUUAUACUUUAUUUUAUUUUUUUUUAUAAUCCUCAAUUCCAACCGUAAGCUCUACUUAGCGGUGAAGUUUACACUUUUAUAAGAAUUCUACUUCGUAUUAGGAAGCAAACUAUCCACUGUUAUUCGUACAUCAUCCAUAAAUGGUAGAUCACUCCACUUACAAAUUGCCAAAACAAAAAAAAAAAAAAAGAAAAAGGAACAAGAAACGUAAAACAAACAACCAAACAAACAACAGGACAAUGCAUCUAUAUAAGAACC